AAAGAAGAAUUACGCCGAUAGGUGGUGCUUGUUGCCUGGCAACCUUGCAACAAAACUUCCAUGUUGAGAACAGAAAAUUGAGAGUUGAGAUUUAUCACUUAAAAACUAUCAAAAACAGGAAAAUAGACAAACGGAAAUAAACUAAAAAUACAUCAUGGCACUACCCUUCUUACCGGGGAACUCAUUUAACCCAAAUCUUGGGAAAAAUAAGUACCAUAAAUCCCAUCAUUUUGACAAGGCCAAUGAAGUUGCCAUGAUGGUUGGUGAAAGUAAACCAGGAAUUGGUGGCGAUCCUUUACUUGGACAGAAAAUCAAACCAUCAAACAGCGUCAUACCCCGUGGAGAUGGAAGCGCAUUGCCAGCUUGGGUAGCUUUUGACAGACAGGUUCUCUGUUUUGAUGCAUACUUUCAAGAAGCAGUUCAUGAGAAACGUGAGGAACAAUAUCGUGUCCGCCAAUCAAAAAUCUACUUCUACCUGGAAGAUGACUCUAUACAAGUCAUUGAACCAAGGCUUAAAAAUGCUGGAAUUCCUCAAGGUACUUUAAUUCGCCGUCAUAGAAUCCCCCGUCCACCUCCUCACGAUGACCAGUUCUACACAGUAGAGGACUUCAACGUUGGCAAUGAAAUAACUCUUUAUUCACGCACAUUUAAAAUAACAGGCUGUGAUGAGUUUACUCAUAAUUUCUUGCGUAAACUUGGAGUGCGAACAAAAGUUCCAGAAUCCCAACCUGGUGAUCCUUAUAUGACACAUAGGAAAGCUAUGGAUGAGAGUAUGCAGCCAUUGAGACCUUAUGAAAAAUAUGACACCUUAAAACAGUUUCUGGACCACGACCGCCAUGUCUUAAGAUUCUACUGCUUCUGGGAUGACACGGAUGAAAUGUUUGGAGACCCAAGAGAGAUGGUCUUACAUUAUUUCCUCGCUGAUGACACAAUUGAAAUCCGUGAGACGAUUCCUCCAAAUUCUGGUCGUGAUGCUGCCCCUAUGUUUGUACGUCGUGGGAAGCUCCCAAAAGAGGAGUCAGACCUGAAGCAACCGGGCGUACAGACUGAUCGCACUGUGUUGAAUGUGUUUGGCCCCACUGGCCAUGGAGGCAGAUAUAUUCUAGAUAGUUUAAAGACUGGAGCAGUUCCAACAGACUUCUACACAGACAAAGACCUUCAAAUUGGAGCUCUCAUCAAUGUUUAUGGCAGGAAGUUCAAACUUUGCGAUUGUGAUGAGUUUACCAAAGAAUACUACAAAUCCAAAUACGGACUCAAUAACUUUCCUGAGAUUCCCUACAAACAGCCAGCCUCUGAAAGACAACCACGAGAAUUCCCACCUUAUAAUGGGUUUGGUAGCGAGGAAGACUCCCUCUGUUCUUGCAUGGGGCUCAUCCCAAAACCACCCAGGCGAGACUUCAUCAAGUUCAUGGAGAAAGACAGACAUGGCUUGGAUAGCAACGUGUUGAGAUUCUUGGCCCGUAUGGACACUACCAAGCCCAUAGAUCAGGAUCGGAGAUUUAUUAUCUCUUAUUUCAUGUCUGAUGAUACUGUACUGGUGUUUGAACCUCCAGUCAGGAAUUCAGGUAUAAUUGGUGGUAAAUUCCUUGAGAGGGGUCGUAUAAAGAAACCUGCCCAGGAGCGCUACAGCACCGAACUAUCAGAGUACUACAAUGCACCAGACCUCUAUGUGGGCGCUGUAGUUGAGUUCAACAACCAUAGAUUUGUUCUCAUUGACGCUGAUGAAUACGCAUUUGGAUAUAUGGAGGCACAUAACAAUGAGUUUGCCAAAGCUAGCAUCAACUUGAUCAUGCAAAAGAUACAGCAGGCUUUACAGGGGAAAGGGGACGCACAAGAUAUUCAGUCAUUCUUCCAACAAAAUGACACAAGUGGGUCAGGGAAUAUGUCCUAUGAGCAAUUUCAUGAUAUGUUACUUCAAGUUGCCCCUGGUCUUCUGACUGAGCAUGAAAUAAUGACAAUAGGACGUUAUUACAUGGAGAAAAAAGAAGAUGACAGAUUAGACAUUAACACUUUGAUUGCCAUAACUCAAGAACAACUGAGGAAACACAACUUCGAAGGUUUCACCAAACUGAAUGAACAGUUCAUGCACCAUGAUAACAGCAGGAGUAACACUCUGGACGCAGAGACAGUGCGAACAGUUUGCCACGCCCUACAUGUCCCUGUUGCUGAUGAUCUGCUAAGAGCUCUCAUCUCAAAGAUCAUGGAUCCACAAGGCAAAGUGAACUUCACAGAGUUGAUCAAAGUGUUGAACUGGCGGGAUCACCCUGUAGCUCCAACACAAUACAACACAGGAGCCAGGCAGGAAGAUUGGCAGGGCAACCAGAAAGAAACUCUCAUACAGAAUGUCAACUAUAAACAGCUCUUAGUUGAUCUCAUGGGAAGCCGAGGAGCAUCAAGAUAAAUAGUACAGGACUAUGUUAGAAUAAAUGAGACAAGGCCAGUCAAUUUUGAGAUAAAUAUGGAAAGAUACAUUUCACGAAAUUCAAUUGUCUUUUUCAAUAUUGCCAUUAUCGUAAAAGACAAUUGAAAUCCAGAAUUUUUAAUAUUUUCAAGAAAUGGCAUUCUGCACAAGAUAAUUGUCUGUUUAGAUGACGGAGUGAAAACCUACUUUUACACUGCAGAUAGUCUUUUGGAAGUAACCACUUACUUCCAAAUAAUUACUGGGCCAAUAGAAAGAUGACAUUGGGAUUUGUCUAUAAAAGUGCAUCCCAACGGUAAGCUUGACAACUUGAAGUUUUUAUCAGAUGGCAUAUCAAAGCUAUUCAACGUCAGAAUUUUAAUUUUGUUCCUGAAUUACAGGACAACAAAUUUGAUGAUCUUUUUAAAUCACCAAAAAUAAACAGGCUUUAAUGAGUGACUCAAAAACUGACAUCUGAUUGUCAAAUUUAUAGAGGGGACUCUAAAACCUGCGUAAGAGGAACACCUUUUAGAGGAGCUUACAGGGAUUCAUUAACAUGGGCCAUAGGACAUCAAUAAACUAUUCCACUUAUAAAGGUGUUCUAUACGACAAUUUUGAAAUGAACUUACAUCUUUCUUACAAAAUAAUUCCCUAUCUUAUGCUAGAUAUGCAGUGUAAACGUACAUAGAAUGAAAUAAGAGACUGGCUCAGAGUUAUUGGACUUCUAUGAGACUACCUUUAGGUGUGAACUAUUUCAAUUCUCCUAACUCCAUCAAACAAAUAAUUAGAUUGUACUGGUCUUAAAGUCAAGAAAUGCGAUACAAACUUUCAGUUAUAUUCUACAGUAGUAGAAUGCUUUUAUUCUGUGGAAUAUAAACAUUUUGGGAUGUAUUUUAAAUCGCGCCAAGAAAAUUUGAAUUUUCAAGUGGCUUUGUUCUACUGCACCCUUUUUUACUUAAAUUGAUUACAGAGAUAGAAUUGUAAAAAAAAACAUUGUAUUUCUUGUAUUAUCAAAAAACAUAAUAUUAACAAAGAAACUUUAGACUGUCAACUACAUGUUUCGCAUGUCAACAUUUUAUGAAGGACUGUGUCCAUUGGAUGAAUAGCCAAGGAGCAUAUAUAACAGCUACAAAUAUGUAAUUUAAUUUGUAUAAAUGUAAAUAAAAGUAUAUUGUACAAAAGUA